CAGCGCAGGUACGCUGCUGCGGCCAUCGCAGCAGGACUGAAGUCAGUCAGCAGUGAAAGAGUGUUGUGUUCCUCCUCCUUCUAACAAUAUUGGUGAUUGAACAGAACAACUGAACAACUUUUUGAAUGGGAAGGGAAGGAGAACCGAAUCACACAAUCAAUAUUGGUAGUUGUAGUAGGCUGUGUGUGGUGCACUUCUUCGUCCCAUCCUGGCAGUGUCUGUCAUUCAGUCAGUCAGUCAGUCUGCAGGUGUAAUCGUAUUCGUACACAUCACCACAAAUCACACGACAGAGGAGUAGGCGAUGCCGCUGCUCGUAAGAUCAUCAAACCGGAAGGAAACAACAAACCAGCAGCAGCAGGAAGCAGUUGACGUGCACCGACGUCGCGACGCCGGAUAAAAAAAAAACAAAUCAAGCAACAGCAGCCAAAUUUGGGCGAGAUUUGAAGUUUGACCAGACGAUUAUUUGUGUGUAAGUGUGCACAAGUGGUUGUUUUCAAAAGUCAGUGUGGCGAGAAAAGUGUGUAAAUAAGUAAUAAAAAAAUCCCUAAACAGCCAUAAAAAAAAUCGCAUCUCUACGCAUCAAAGUGUGUGUCUGUCAUCGAAAAAGGGUUGAAUCAACGCACCCAAGCAGGCCAUGCAACGCCCGACAAGUAGCGAAAGCAAUAAAGAAGAAAGAUAGUGUUGCGGUGCGGUGAUCUGACAAUCUAAUCGCAGUAACCUGGGACAAAACGACACCAGACCACCAUUCCGGAACGUGACUGUGAUAAUGGCCUAUUAAACCCGCUGCUGCUGUGAUUAAGCUUCUUUUUAUUGUGGUCCGGAAUCGUGUCUUUUUUUUUUCGGCACUCAUACACAGUCAUUCCGCGGACGGACACCUCGCGCAGUGGUGACCUGCGUCGUCGGAACUUGAAACGCGUGCCUCAUCAAUCUUGCCACAACGGAACUGAAAGCGAAAGAUGCCCCUCACGACGACCGCCCCCGUCCAAUCGCCCAUCUCGCUGUGCCAGCGCUCGACCGCCUUCAAGGAUGGCGUCCAGCCGCUCGAGUUCUUCGGCCACUGGGACGGCCGGGGCAAGGCCAAGAUCGUCAACAACGGGGCGUCCGCCAUGAUCACCUUCUCGGACCGCACGUUCCAGCCGUUCAUCGUGGGCGGCCCGCUGGGCAACAAGUACAUCUUCGAGCAGCUGCACUUUCACUGGGGCGUCGAGGACGACUCCGGCUGCGAGCACAUCCUCGAGGGCAACACGUACUCGAUGGAGGCGCACGCGGUCCAUUACAACGCCAAGUACGGCAGCUUCAAGGAGGCGGUCGAUAAGCCGGACGGGCUGGCGGUCAUAGGAUUUUUCAUGCAAGCGUACGGCGACACGGACUGUUGCCAGUUUGACAAGAUUGUAAACGGCAUUCACGACAUUAAGGUGCCAAACUCGGAGGCGCAGAUCGAUGCCGACUGCCUGGCCUGGAUGGGCCUGCAGGACCUCAGCCGGCACUACUACACCUACCAGGGCUCGCUGACGACGCCGCCGUACUACGAAACCGUAACCUGGAUCGUGUACAAAACGCCAGUUUACGUUUCGCGCGCCCAGUGUGCCGCCUUCCGGGAGCUGCAGUCCUGCCCGAAGGACUCGAACAAGAAAAUCGUCAACAACUUUCGCGAGGUUCAGGUGCCCAAGGUCUCGCCGGAGGUUGUGUUUGUGCGGAAUAGUGGCCGGCUGCGGUCCAAGCUGUAGAGAUUGUAAAGAGAGAGAGAAAGCGAUAUUCUGAUCAAACUUUUUCGAGAAUGGCCUUUUGUUAAACAAUUGUAUCAUAUUGAUAGUACUAAAAACAAGACUAGAAUAGCCUUUGGUUGCAUCGAAUGCACGCAUAUUGGGUGGAAUAGGUUAAUAAAAUUUUCAUGUUAUGAUGUACAAACA